AUAUAUUGUUCUACAACAUGACAUAAUAAUUAAAUUGUGUGAAUCAAUGUAUUAAAAAUAAUGCAAUCCACAGUUAUUUCUCGGUAGCAGAAUACGUAUUCUGUUUCCUCCCGAAACUUCGCUAAGUAUAGUAGUUCUUGAUCUAUUUUGGGAAUAGUGUGUAUAUAGUUCUUUUUCAAAUUAUCUGCUGUUUAGUCAUGUAACAGUUGCUGAUUUAUUAAAUCACAUUUCUCUAGAUAUAUUCUUUCGAGUUUAAUUAUAUAAUUCGACUUUAUCAGUUCGAAUUUAUCAAGAAAUUUCUUAUCAAAUAAUGUAAGACUGUCCGACUUGGUAAUCUGAGUAUUGGCAAACAGAUUUUUACAUAGGGCAUCUUUGCGCGUACCCCAACUUUGAUAGGAUAACACCGGGUCAUCAAUAUUUUUGCAUAUAGGUUACAUAAAAAAAUGCCUACAUGAGUAGCAUAAUAAUCUUUUAAUAGACAUUUAAUCGGAUGCAUUUCGCGUAUUAUUCCAUGUUAAAAGAACAUAUUGCAUAAAUGGAGAAAUACGUAAACAUCUUUAUGACGAGAUAACUCAUUUUAAUAUUAUAGAAAGAUGUGUAAUAUCUUGAACUUAGUCACUUGCAUAUAUUUUAAAUUUUUUAAUCAAUUUUCUUUGACAGGAAGGAAACGGACUAGGUUAAAAACAUCACCCCUUCUUUAGAAGAAUGAUGCGAUUCGUUCAGCUGUGCGUAUUAAAUCGAUAAGUCCGGUUUAGCAGGCGUGUUUACGGACGACAGCUUAAAUUCACAGAAAUUCUACUGCGCUUAAAUUGUACAAUUCAACUGUAUCCUAUGUUCGGUAUACCCCUUUAAAAUAUAAAUAAAAUACGCUACGUAUAUUAACUACUUCGCUUUUUCGAUUAUCCUACGAAAUGUUGGAUAUUCCGAACGAACAUGAUUAUUCUGCUGAUAGCCCGCAUCACAUUUCGCAACAACAAACUGAGAAGACAGAACCGUGCCUUGCGAUGGAGCACGAAUGUGGCUGCGGGGACAACGUCGAGAAACCUCCGCUUUAUUUACCUCAGCCCGAGGAUGAAUAUCCGUCAAAGCCGGAACACACAAUGGGACCUCUCGGUCCAUGGGCUACGGGCAGAGUAACCUGUUCUCGCGAGGGUGGAAUAACGGGUUUGAGACCAGUCGCAGAUCAAUAUUCCAUCACUCGCUACGGACCGAACGAAUGGCGCGCGCACAAUUUGAGUAUCUUUCAGCAAUCGAACGAGAAAAUUCGCGAUUCCCAAGUUACGGCCAGUGCUGCAAAACAAUGUGUGGAUCAAGCGUAUGCGGCAGCCGACAAGGUGCAAACGGAAACGACGGAACAUUUGAAGACACGGGCUAAUGCGGUGUAUCGUUGGAAGGCAGAAUUAGAACAUAUGAUCGCUACCAUUGCGGAAGAGAUGGAAUUGUUAGAGGCCGAGCAUCGUCGUGUACAGCGGUCUUUAUCGAUAUUGACCAUCCCUGUAUCGAUCGCGAGCGAUUUUUUGCAAUUACGCUCCUUUCGCUUGGACUCUGAUCUCGUUCGCGAUAACGUCGAAGAGCAACUCACGAAGGAAAUAGCGCUUUGUUCCGAGAUACGAGAUUUGCUAAACAGAACCCGCGAGCAGAUCGAGAUGCAGAUGGUCGAACUGAAGUCCGCGAAAGCGCGGGCGGAGAAUGAUUGGUCUGACAAAAUUCAUGCCUACAAUCUAGACUCCGUAUGUGUGAAUUUGUCUAACGAUUCCCCGCUUUUAUUAUGGAAAGCUGGAGCUACGAGAUUUCCAGCCGAUCAAUCAACUCCUACAAGCUACGAACACUUCACGCGAGAAGUAUUAACCGCUGGCGAGACUGCUAAACAAAGAUCAAUAAAAUUAAGAUCCACUUUGAACGAUAUAUACGCUAAGUCCAUUAAAGAUCUACGCGAUCAAGCGACUCGCGUUGACAUUGCACUUGCAGAAAACGUGAAACUCACGCAAGAUUGCCUUCAGCAACUAGAAAAGGAAUUACUUCGCUGCUUGCAUGAACUAGCAAGUACGGAAAAGCUGAUUGAGGAACUUCGGGAUUCAACGAAGGGAUUAAACAAUGCUAUGAAAUUAGCACAAACAAGAUUAGAUAAUAGAUUGAAUCGACGCAAUGUUGAAAGUUGUCGAGAUAUACCUCAAUUUGGUCUUGUUGAAGAAGUAAAAUCACUUGGCGAACAUACUUCCGCUAUGUUGGCGGAAUUAAAACGCGCUGAGGAAUCUCAGGCGGAAUUGGUCAAGGCAAGAGAGGCGAAGCGAACGCAACAUUCUGUGAGACAUAACCCGGUCAAUCCGGUGCAAGAAGCAGUGGACAUAGCACAGGAGGAGGAAGAAAAGAAACACGUGAAUUUGGAAACUCUCGAGGAUGAUGAGGAGACAGCUCAGCAACCGGUUUAUCAAAUUCGACCACAUCUUCACGAAAAGUUUAAGCCUCUAAGUGCAAAGGAGGUAAUACAUGAUGUGCUGUUUGAUCAGCUCGCUACGAAAUCAUAUGAUGCCCAGGCAGCUGCUCAAUGGACUAAAGAUAUAUCGGAUAUUAUUAAAAUAAAAAUCAAAGACUUACAGUUCAAGAGAUACAAAUAUAUUGUUAACGUGGUUUUGGGACAGCAACAUGGUGCUGGUGUAAAAAUGGGUACAAGAUGUAUUUGGGAUGCAGAAGCUGAUACAUAUGCCUAUGAUAGUUUUAUUAAUGAUACUAUAUUUUGCGUGGCUAUAGUAUAUGCAGUUUAUUUUUAUUAAAAGAAAUUUUUUCUGGAAAAUAAAUGUAUAUGUGGACGAAGCGCAUGUAUGGAAAAUUAUUGUUUAGAAACGACAGUAAAUUUAUUAAAAUACAACCUAUUAUUACCAUACAUUGAUACAUAUGCAACGCAAUAUGUUAUAUGUCAUGAUUUGACAAUUUUUACAUAUAAUUACAGAUAAUAUUUAUAGCCAUAUACAAUGGUGUAUGCAUGAUAGUUCUUGCAGUGAUAUUUUCCAUUUCACAUGGUUCUUUCUUAUGUACUAAAAUUAUUAUAGCACCAUAAUUCACGGUAGUAUAGUUAAUUAAAAUUUAUUUAUCCUA